GUCUUCUGCGAGUGCGAAUUGGAAGAAAUGUAUUAAUGCAUUUGAAGGCAUCACGGCGGAUGCGCGACGUGCUGACGUCACGGAGUAGAAUUUGUCUCAGUCAACAGGAGUAUCAGCAGCAGCAUUCAGUACGUGUGUUGUUUGGUGUGCAGCAGCGGGUUAACAGAGCUUACAGAGGACGCUCACAUCAUCUCUGCUUAAUUUAUCUGCCUCGUCGCUUCUGUUUAUUUUUCAUUAUCUGCGCUUUCUCCUCCUCGACCACCACACAGGGAUGGGGGAAUGAUCUGGACAGACUCGCCUCCACCUCCUCCAUCGUUCGGUCUCCUUGUACCCUGACAGUCGUCGCAGCUGUGCCCAGGAUGUGGGCCCCGCUGUUCGGCCAGGCUGCAGUGUUUGCGGCCCUUUGGACGAUUAGCACCUGUCUGACAGGAUCCCACUUAUGUCCUCGAAGUUUAGACUGUGCUCAAGCAGGACGACACUUCUGCCAGCCAGGCCGUUCACACUGUGGCCCCUGCCUGCACCAUCUGGUGGAGAACUCUAAUGGCCAAUGUGUGGUCAAAAGAAGACACGUUGCUCACUCAGCUCACCUGGAUAAAGGUAAGACGAGCACGCACCCAGAGCUUGAUGAGGAGAUCGACUUCCUGUCUGCCAUUAUUAGUCAGCAGAGAACACUGUCCAGGUUGCCAGCUCCAGCCUCACAGGUCUUUGAAUCCCAGCCUGAGCAGCAAGGUGAGACCACGAAUGACCAGAGAGCAUCUGUCAUAGCCUCUAUGACCAACCAGAGUGUCCCUUCCACCAAAUCCACACCAACCACCACUACAACAAACAGCACCACAAACCACACGUCCCCACUCUUCGAGGAUCCCGUCAUCCCUCUCUCCCCUCCCUCUGAUUGUCAGAUGUCUUUAACAUGUGAAAUACACUCGGAGCGGCCGGUGAUCAUGUCGCCCUUCGACACCUACAGGUCUGCGUGUCUCUGUCUGCCUCUCACAAUCUGCAUGUGCUUCAUUUCAGUCAUGAGCAGCGUCUUCAUUGUGGCAGGAUCGCUGGUGUUGAUAACGGCUGGGGCGUGUUGGGUCAGAUUGCAGAAAGGUCUGAAGCUGAAUCAAAAGAUAGAAAGUUCCAGACAUCGACUGAUCCGAGCUCAGGCUUUUGACAACAUGCCUGGUGACAAGAAGCUGGCCCACAGUGCCCAGAUGUAUCACUACCAGCACCAGAAGCAGCAGAUGCUGUCCCUGGAGAAACCCAGGGAGAUGCCAAAGGUCCCCGACUCAGGUGCAUCCACAGAUGAGGAGAAUGAGGACGGAGAUUUCACAGUGUACGAGUGUCCUGGGUUGGCACCUACAGGGGAAAUGGAAGUGAAGAACCCGCUGUUUGAUGACACUCCUCUUUACCUCCACAAGUUCCGCUAGUAAACCUGGUCUUUCAAACACUCCAAGUCUGAAUGCAGCACUUUUGUGUAGUGUAUUUUACACACAAGCUUUCUCGCACUCUCUCUCUCACACACACACUCAAGUAUGCUCCACACACACACAGCAAUGUCCAGUGCAGCCCUUUUGACAGACAGAAUGGAAAAAAGUGUAGGAAUUAUGGGAGAGGAGUAGGAAGAGAGGCCAGACGAUGAUGGACCUUAAACGACAUCACGUGUGGCUGCCAAGGACUGACUCUUAGACAGGUGUCUACCAACACAUUUAUCUUCUUUCAUUUUCUUUUCUUUUUACAUUUCUUUGUUGUUGUGUUUCUUUGUUUUGUGCAGUUGUCAUCUUUACAAAACAGUAGAACAUAAUCAGUUCAACAUAUUGUCACUAUAGAUAUUGAUUGUCAUCAAUCAGUUAAUGAUUCUUCACCUAUUUUGUUAUCCCUGCUGAAUUUUGGUUUUAUUCAUGUAUUUUUAAUGUUUUUAUGUUCGUUGUUGUUAAAUGUUUCAUGAGGUCAUUAUUGCAGCGUUGUGAUCUGUAUCACUGUUAUGUAGCCAUUGUGUUCUCAGUAUAGUUGCUCUAUGCAUGAAUCAAUGAUGACUUGUAUGAAACAUGGAAGUUAAUAUGCAUCGGCAGUUCUCGCAAGUUUCUUUUGCAAACUUGGGGUUAUAGGAAUACGCAAACACAGGAACACUUAGGGAUGUAACAGUAUCAAAGUCUCACAACGUGAUGGACCCAAAAUACAUGUUAUGCAUUGAUGUUUAAUUAUAUAGCAACACUUCAGCAUUCUAAUUGUAUGGACACUUUAUUAUUUAUUGAAAAAUCAUCAAAGUUUUCCUAUUCAGUAUUUAUCACAAUAAUGUGAAAAUAUCAUUGGUACUCACAUAUAUGACAUGUUUUUGGUACUAUCAACAACACAUUGAUCAUAAUAUACUGUAGCAGUUAUGUUCACUGUACAUUUGUUUGUUAUUUGUUGUCAUAUUUUGUUAUUGUAUCCAUGGUACGAUAUUUCAAUAGUAUCUCAAGCAAGAUAUUUAUUAUAAUAUCGUCAUAGUAUCAACUGUGUUAUAUUUUCAUAAUUCAAAAGCAGUCCUGACUAUAUUUGUAGAUCAAAAUAUCGUGAUAUUAUAUACAGUAUAAUAUUUAUCACAAUGUAGAAAAGUAUUAAGGGACAGGGUGUUUUAAAAUAUUUCUCACUUCAACAUAGUACUUAAUUGUGAGUCCAAGUAGUACUAUAUCAAUUUCAAUAUAUCGAGUUGUUACACUGGGCAAUAUAUCUGGCCAAUUUUGGAUAUUUGUUUGUGCUCAUCAACGUAUGUGGUUUACACUGUAAAUCACACAUCUGGCAGUGCUUUCUGAAAUAUUGUAAUGCCAUCUAAAGUGAGACUUUAUCACAAUAUUUAGAUAGUUUCCAUAGUACAGUAAAUAUCCCAAUAUUGUGAUAGUGUACCCAGUACAAUAUUUAUUGUGAUUUUUGGCCAGUAUCCAUGGUGAUAAUAUCCAGAUUAGUGUUAUGGUUUUUGCAAUAUUGUGAUAUUAUACAUUACUUUUGAGCUGCUCCUGAAACUCAGCCUGAAUGUGGAGGUUGAUUUAGCUUUCUGCUGUAAAAGUAAAAAUCACUGUGGCUUAUGCAGUUCUUUUUGCAGAAAUUCAAACUCUUGUAUUUGAUCACUGCUGUUUACAAGCACAGGUUUCGCAGCACAUUUUGUGAUUUUGGAGGAAUGAGACUAAUGCUAGCUUAUUUGUAGGAUUCACUCCGUUGAGUAUACAGUACGCUGACUGCAUCACUGAAUAUGGCUAUUUUGUUUUUAUAGGUCUGAUAUCUUAUUUAAAUUGAAUGACAAUUGAAAGUAUUGGAAUGUCUUAUGGUCACAGUCAAGGUUUUUGGAACCUGCUGGCCAAUAGUGGUACUCUGUCGAAAACAAAUCUUUUGAGUGGCCUUUAUAAUUAGACAUGUAGGGUGCAACCAUUUUUUCCAUACAGCCCAUGUGUUACCUCAGUGAACUGUGUUCAACAUUUAUCCUCAUAGUUUUACACCCUCACAAACCCACUGUAGGACAGAAACCAUUUGAUUUAGAUAUUAUUGUGGAUUUGCCAAUACUGUUACAUCCCUAAACUACACAGAUAACUUGAAUGAUUUCAAAGGAAUUUGAAACUUCUUUUACCUAGAACUCUGAAACAGAGCGAGCCCAUCCUGUAUAUAUGGUAUCUGUAAAUACAGCUGUUAUUAUGUGUAGUAAGAAAUCUUACCUCUCACUUGGUGUGUUACUGCACAUCUUUCUCUAGACUCCUGUGUACUGUGUCAAAUAUUGCUCUGUUUGCUUCCUUAUCUUUGACUGUAUUUGCAACAUUCUGACACACUGUAUGAGGGAAAUACAGUGUCAGAAAUGUAGUGCUUUUCAGGUUUGGAAAAUGCUAAUAAACUGUUCUUUGUUUUGUG